ACAUCUUAAGUCCAAUAUAUUGUCCCAACUCCCAACCCUAGAUGUUUCUUCCAGAGUAUUCGAGCGUUUGAAAUUGUGAGGCAGUCGAAGUUGUAGCGUAGAAAACCUAGCCUGUGUCUCGGAAGAAAGGCCUGCCUUCCGGUCGUCCAAGUAAUGCGUCAUCUGAUUUCCUUCUCUAAGAGUGUGGUGAAGCUUGAUGUCGUUCGAGUGGCAGAGAUACCUCAAUUUGCUGUUAUCAUCUUCAAAAGAAGGUGUUUUGAUGUUGUGUUGUACUGCUUUGUAAGUUGAUUCGGAAUCUGUUUGCGUUUCAAAAGCUCUGUAACCUUUAUUGAUGAAAAAAUGAACUGAUAUGAUAUUUUCUUGGAUUUCUGCAUGAGUUGCCGAUCUGGAGUUGGUGGGGAAGAAUAUUGCACUGAUGAGAGUUCCACACAUUGUUCGGAACUGAUGACAGCUUCGGGUUGGGAAGGAGAUGGCGAGCUGGAAGAACGCAGUAGAGUCGCGAAGUAUUGCACCUCUGGCGCUUCUCCUCUUGUUGUGUGUUGCGUCUGUGUUGAGACAGAGGGUUUGUGGUGUUUAAAUUUGGACUCUAUGGGUUUCAUCACCAUUAAUGCUAAAAAUGAAUGGGAUAUUGCAUGUCGGGCUGGCAAGAGAUAUGGAAAUAUUGUGUACACAUGCCUUAAGACAGACUGUCGGUGGUUCAUUGAUCCAGACCAUUUUUACCACUAAAGUGUUGCUAAAGCUGAAAUGUCCAAUCGCCAUUUAUUGUAGAUGAUGUAUACUAUUCAACUUUUACCUUCUAGUCACUACAUCCAUGAGGCGUAAAUCUAGUCCUUCAUGUAUUGCCAGACUAAUUAAGUAUCUAAAAGUAGUAGCAUCCACCACUUCCGGAAGGUUUUAAGCUGCCUGAAGCAUGCAAUAGAGGUUCUCGAGAACAAUAUUCUAUUAAACUAAACAGAUCUCUAUAUGGUUUAAAACAAUCAGAGCGUAUGUUAUAUAAUCGUCUAAGUGAGUACUUAUUAAAAGAAGGGUACAAAAAUGAUAAUAUAUGCCCAUGUAUUUUUAUUAAGAGAUCUGGUCAGAAGUUUGUAAUUAUUGCAGUUUAUGUUGAUGAUCAAAACAUUAUUGGAACUCCUGAACAACAACAAAAGGUAGUUAAAUGUUUGAAAAGGGAAUUUGAAAUGAAGGAUCUUGGAAAGACCAAAUACUUCCUGGGAUUACAAAUUGAUCAUUUAAAUAAUGGUAUCCUUGUGCAUCAAACAACCUAUAUAGAGAAGGUGCUAAAGAGAUUUUUAAUGGAUAAGGCACAUCCUUUGAGCACCUCGAUGGUUGUAAGACAACUUGAAGUUGAUAAGGACACAUUUAGACCGCGUGGAGAUGAUGAGGAUAUUCUUUGUCCAGAAGUACCAUACCUAAGUGCAAUUGAAGCACUAAUGUAUCUUGCAAGUCACACAAGACUCGAUAUAUCCUUUGCUGUAAAUUUAUUGGCAACAUAUAGUUCUUCUCCAAUGCGCAGACAUUGGAAUGGGGUCAAACAAAUACUUCAUUACCUUCAAGGUUAUUUGUCUGAUCCUCGUAAAGGAAGAUCACAAACUGGAUAUCUGUUUACAUGUGGAGGAACAUCAGUUUCAUGGCGUUCCAUGAAGCAAACAAUUGCGGAAACAUCGUCUAAUCAUGCAGAGCUAUUAGCCAUUCAUGAAGCCAGUCGAGAAUGCGUAUACUUAAGAACUGUAAUUCGGCAUACUAGAUAGUCAUGUGGAUUAUAGUCUGAAAAGAAGCCUCCGACCAUCUUGUUUGAAGACAAUGCAGCUUGUAUCCACCAACUUAAGGAAGGAUUCAUCCAGGGAGAUAGGAUUAAACAUAUUUCACCAAAAAAUUGGUAUACACAUGACAUUCAGAAAGAAGGUGAGAUUAUCGUUCAACAAAUUCGUUCAAGUGACAACGUUGCGGAUUUAUUCACCAAGGCUCUUCCAACAACAACCUUCAAGAAGUUAGUGCACCUGAUUGGAUUACGUCGACGCAAGGAUCUUGAGUGAUAUUCAUUGGGGGGAGUAAAUAUGUGCUGCACUCUUUUUUCCUUACCAGGGUUUUGUCCCACAGGGUUUUCCUUUGCAUGGUUUUUAAUGAGGCAGCAUCCUUAAGCGUAUUUUUUAUGUACUCCUUAGAUUCUUUAGUAGUGUAUAUUUAAGGGGGAGUGUUAUGUAAUGUAUAAAUAUACACUACUCCCUCUUAGUCCAAGCCCAUGACUAGGCCCAUGUAUAUCCCUAUAUAUAUCCCCUCUCUCCCCUAGUUGUAAUAUACAAUUGAUAUUCUAAUAAAUCUCAUCUUUUAAUA